CUGUUUUACUGUUCAAACCCAAGACAGAUUUUGUGUGAGUCUUUAUUCCAACAUGGCAAUCAACACACUCAUUGUGGUGCGGACGGGGUUUAUAGUAUUUGACUUCGUCCUGACAUUCCUAACUAAUAUCUUCAGUAUCGUGGUGACAUGGAAAACAUCUCAAAUCGCUGAGAUGACCAAAAUCUUCGCCACCUCCCUCGCCCUGGCUGAUCUGUCGGUUGGAGUUCUGGUAACUUUUUCCAUGGUGCCGUCUGCUAUGGAUAGUACAUGGCUUUAUGGUGAUAUCUUAUGCCGCAUCAUCGGUGUAAUGGGCCCAUCGCUAGUCAUGAUAUCAGUGCUGUCGCUACUCUGUGUUAGCGUGGACAGGUAUAUAGCUAUUACUCGACCGUUAAGGUACUACGACUUUGUAACUCGUCAGCGAGCUAUCAUAAUCAUCGUGGUGUGCUGGGUUAGCACCAUAGGCGCCAACUCUUACAAUGCAUUCAACAGCAACUUCAUCAUCUAUGAUAGAGUGCUAUGUAUAUGCAUCCCAGAAUGGGGCAACCGGGACAUACUGAUGUUCCUUAUUGUUAUCUGUACCAUCUACAUCGCAAUUCCAUCUGGUAUCACGAUAUCAAUCUACGCCCAGUUAUUCCGCAUCAGUAGGAGACAUGCCCGGCAGAUAGCAGCUAUCCCCGGGGCACCUGGUGGCCUCAACGGCCCACGAGCUACGGACAUGCGAGCCAUCCGGACCAUGUUCAUCGUUACGGGUGCUUUUAACAUCGCUUUUAUGCCAUUCUUAUUCUGUAAUAUUUACCUAAACGUAAGCACCAGCGAUUUACCAAAUGCAGUCAAGUUUGUGAGUAUGUGGCUCGCCCUGUCUAACAGUUGGUGGAAUUUCUUCAUAUAUUUGGCCACUUCCAGAUUUUUCAGGAGCACUGCACUUAAGCUACUCUGCAGAAACUAA